AUGACUUCGAACAUCGCAGAGUGUAUCAAUGGUUGCCUUGUUGAUGCACGUCGGUUAACUAUAAUAGACUUCUUGGAGGAAGCUAGACUUCUAUUUGGUAGUUGGAACUAUAAAAAUAGAGAAAUAGCGUCAUAUACAAAGGACACAUUGGGCCGAAGAUUUGAGGAGGUAUUGAUUGUCAACGCAUCUAAAAGUUCAAACAUGAAGGUUGUCCCAUUGUCUGAAUAUAUUUUUUCAGUUUAUCAAGCCGAAAGAAGAUACAUUGUAUGCCUUGAGCGAAAAAUAUGUACGCGUGGAAGAUUUCAAUAUGAUGAGAUACCUUGCGAACACGCAAUUGCAGUUUUGAAGCACAAGAAUGUUACGGAUAUGCAUCCAUAUUGCUCUGAUUACUACAAGCCGGAUGCAUUAGAAAAAAGCUACGAGGUUGCAAUGGUUCCAAUGCCAGAUAAGGAGGAUUGGACCGUUUUAGACUAG